CGGAAAAUGCAUCUCACAUUUGAGCUGAGUUCUCGUAGUGCAGACACCGCCAAGACAGAGCUCCCUCCAUCACAUCCUUCAGCCAGCCAUGUUUGCCCAGAGUCUGUUCGUCUUGGGACUGAUCCUGUCCGCGGCGGUGGCCAUUCCCGUAGAUCCCUAUGGACUGUCUUCGCCUGGACUUUCGUAUGCAGCUCCUGCCAUCUCGUAUGCUGCCCCCAAACUCCUGGCAGCCCCAGCCAUCUCGUAUGCUGCUCCUAAGCUCCUGGCUGCUCCUGCCAUCUCGUAUGCCGCUCCAGCCAUCUCGUAUGCUGCUCCCAAGCUCGUGGCUGCUCCGGUGGCCGUGGCCAAGGUGGCCGUUGCCGAGCCCUACGAUCCCAAUCCGCAGUACAGCUUCUCGUACGGGGUAACCGAUCACCACACCGGCGAUUCCAAGCAGCAGGAGGAGACCCUCGUCAACGGAGUGGUCCAUGGUAGCUAUUCCCUGGCCGAACCCGAUGGCACCAUUCGCAAGGUGACCUACACUGCCGACAAGAUCCAUGGAUUCAAUGCCGUGGUGGAGAAGAAGGGCGUGGCCGCGGUGGCCAUUGCCAAGCCAGCUGUGGCCGUUGCCGCCGUUCCCGCCAUCACCAAGAUUGGAUACGCCUCGGCACCUGCUCUCAGUCUAGGUGGAUACCACUAAUCCCCUGCGGGCAGUGAACCGAGCAGUGAUGACAAACCCUCUGGCCUAGUUGUAGGACCGUUGUUGAAUAGUUCUAAUGCAUUACUAUACACACCACCACCACCACAUAAGCCCCCACAUUAACCCACUUUUCUGUCAGUCAACCCAAAACGUGCCUGCUGUUGCCACCCGCUGUUGACCCACUUUUCGCAACUCCAUCUCCAUCUCCGAUCGAAGUGGACGAUUGGACACUACAUCACUACCGCCACCACAGACUACGUUUAGGGACACGGGAUACCGUUCUGGGGAUCUUAGUGAAUUAGUAUCUGCAUUUACUGAAUAAAAGUUUCGGUACAAAAGAAAAA